GCGGGGCGGAGAGCCGGGCGGAGCAGGCGCCGAGGCUGGCUGCCGGGCCGGCGAGGGGCGGCGCCAGGCGGCGGGUCCUUAGUCGAGUGACGCGCAGCGGCUGUCCUAGGCGCAGACUGCGGGGCCGCGGGGCUGGAGGGUGGCCAUGCCGGGGGCUCUGGUCCGCACCUUCUCUCUGCUGCUGGCGCCGCUGUUUCUGUGCUGUGCGAGCGGCUUGCGCAAUGCCUCCUGGAAGACGUUCGAGAUUGACUACAGCCGGGACCGCUUCCUCAAGGAUGGCCAGCCGUUUCGCUACAUCUCAGGAAGUAUUCACUACUCCCGCGUGCCCCGCUUCUACUGGAAGGAUCGGCUGCUGAAGAUGAAGAUGGCUGGGCUGAACGCCAUCCAGACGUAUGUGCCCUGGAACUUUCACGAGCCCCAGCCGGGGAACUACCAGUUUGCUGAGGACCAUGACGUGGAAUACUUUAUUCAGCUGGCUCACGAACUGGGCCUGCUGGUUAUCCUGAGGCCUGGGCCCUACAUCUGUGCGGAGUGGGACAUGGGAGGAUUACCUGCUUGGCUAUUAGAGAAAGAAUCUAUUAUUCUUCGCUCCUCUGACCCAGAUUACCUUGCAGCUGUGGACAAGUGGUUGGGAGUUAUUCUGCCCAAAAUGAAGCCUCUCCUUUAUCAGAACGGAGGGCCGAUUAUAACCGUGCAGGUUGAAAAUGAAUAUGGCAGCUAUGUUACCUGCGAUCAUAAUUACCUGCGUUUCCUGCUGAAGCGCUUCCGCUACCACCUGGGUGACGACGUGGUUUUGUUCACCACCGACGGGGCGCAGGAAGAAUUCCUGCAGUGUGGGGCCCUGCAGGGCCUCUACACCACAGUGGACUUUGGAACAGGCCACAACAUCACGGCUGCUUUCCUAAUGCAGAGGAAAAGUGAGCCCAAAGGACCCUUGAUCAAUUCUGAAUUCUAUACUGGCUGGUUAGACCAUUGGGGCGAACCUCACUCGACAGUCAAGACUGAAAAAGUGGCUUCCUCCCUCUAUGAUAUACUUGCCCGUGGGGCAAAUGUGAACUUGUACAUGUUUAUGGGUGGGACCAAUUUUGCCUAUUGGAAUGGGGCCAACACACCCUAUGCAGCACAGCCCACCAGCUACGACUAUGAUGCCCCCCUGAGCGAGGCUGGGGACCUUACCGAGAAGUAUUUUGUUCUGCGAAAGGUUAUCCAGAAGUUAAAGACGGUGGAGGCAGCUCUGGACAUUCUGUGUCCCUCUGGGCCCAUAAAAAGCCUUUAUCCCUUGACAUUUAUCCAGGUGAAACAGUAUUUUGGGUUUGUGCUGUACCGAACAACACUUCCUCAAGAUUGCAGCAGCCCAACACCUCUCUCUUCACCCCUCAAUGGAGUCCAUGAUCGGGCCUAUGUCUCUGUGGAUGGGGUCCCCCAGGGAAUCCUUGAGCGAAACAGUGUGAUCACUCUGAACAUAAUGGGAAAGGCUGGGGCCACUCUGGACCUUCUGGUGGAGAACAUGGGACGUGUGAACUACGGCAAAUAUAUCAAUGAUUUUAAGGGCUUGGUUUCUAACCUGACCCUCAACUCCAGUAUCCUCACGGGCUGGACGAUCUUCCCACUAGACACCGAGGAUGCAGUAUACAGCCACCUGGGGGGCUGGGAUGGCCAGGAUGACAGCUACCGUGGUAAAGCCCACAGCUCAUCUAACUACACGCUCCCGGCCUUCUAUGUGGGGAACUUCUCCAUUUUCAGUGGGAUCCCAGACUUGCCCCAGGAUACCUUUAUCCAGUUUCCUGGAUGGACCAAGGGUCAGGUGUGGAUUAAUGGCUUUAACCUUGGCCGCUAUUGGCCAGCACGGGGCCCCCAGAUGACCUUGUUUGUGCCGCGACACAUCCUGAAAACCUCAACCCCAAAUACCGUCAUAGUGCUGGAACUGGAGCAUGCGCCCUGCGACGACAAUGACCCAAAACUGUGUGCUGUGAAGUUCGUGGACAGGCCAGUUAUCAGUGCAGCUGUGACCCACAAUCGUCCUUCCAAGCCUGUUAGUCAACACUCAUGGCUGGGCGAUAUGUGGUAACUACAGCCAGUGAUUUUGGGGGUUCUACCCUGCACAUACCUCACAGACCUUCCCUGUCAUGCCAACAUUCACUAGAGAGUUAGAUUGGAAAAUGAAUGUGUAGUGUGCGUUUUCACCUGUGGUUUCCCUGCAGCCCUGCAAUGCCUAAUCCCUGUCCUCGGGGGCCACCUUGGAUGUGUCAGGGAGCUGACAGCACAGUAACGCCCAGACAUAUCUGCAGAGUUGGAAGCUUUACAGGUGUUCUUGAUUUUUUUGUUUGGAAGA